GCUACACAAAUAAAAAGCAUGGCUUUUAUUUUGUCUUUAAUGGAUAAAGGUAAUGGAUUUUUGGACCGAUUUUUAAUUAUAACGCCUCGUUCAUACUGUCCGAUGCCCAAGGAACAACAAAUCGCCCAACAAUCCUCAACAACCAUCGAUAUCAAGGAUAUUUAUGCCAACUAUGUACACAUAGAUAAUACAAUAUUCUAUUUUGACGAAAAUGCGUUAAAAUUGUACGACAACAUGGAGACACAGUUUUUGACCGAUCUAAACAACGAUCUUUUGCACGGCAGACCAACCAGCAAGUCUAAAAAACCAGAGUUAAUUCCAAAAGUUGCUGUCGCUCUACACACAGUGGAAUACUUUUAUAAUGCCCUUUUUAAUGAAGUUGAAUUUACAUGUCUACCAGAAGCUAUUUCCUUGCAAACAUUGGAACGUGCCAUAAUGUUUGUUGAAUCAAUUGAUGAACAGAAAGAAUUAUUUUACACAUAUAUCACAGAAUUGGUUAGUACCAGCAAAACACCAUCAGUUAAACGUGCCCCAACUUCUGAUGAAUAUAAAAAAGCUGUUUUAAUGACACCGGGUGCCUUCGUCACAUACAGAUCCUUCAAACAAAGUACAUCAAAAAGAUUUCGCGGUUUACUAUCCCAAGAAUUUGUUAAGUUUAUAGAAAACUUUGUUAACAAAGACAUUGGUCGUUUGGUUAGUGUAAGAGCAGUUGGGUCAUCAAAAUCAUCAAAAGUAUUCGUUAAAAAAGAAUUUAGGGACUUGCCAUCCGAAAUAAAAAAUUGGUUACAAGAAAGUGAAUAUGAAACAAAAAGGCUCGCCAAACAUCCUGUUUGUAUUACGGAUCGGAUUAUCGAGUCUAUUAAUCUUGAAAUUCAUUAGCAAAAAUUUUUCAAAUAAUCCUUUUUCUAUAUCCAUAGAAUAAGUCGUUCUUAUUUAUA